CGAGAAGGAGGCGCAGCGGCGGACAAGAGGAGAGGACGGCAAAAUAAAUGUCACCGUUAGACAGCCAGUUGGAUUGCCAGAAAAUCGGCAGGAUUACAUUUUCUGGAGGGAUUCGCAAAAGGGAAAAAUAUAUCGAUAAAGAUCGAACGUUGUUUUUAGCUGUAACGUUAAUUCUCACUGGAAUAAAUGACGUUAAGUCAACGGUUCAACGUUACCUCUUGUUCAGGGGAUUUAAGGUGCAGGCUGUGAAGUUUGACCCGUCAGGGGUAUGGCCCCGGCCCUCACCAAAACCCUGAAAGAUGGCCACGGGAUCCACCUCUCCUCGCCUCCCGCCGCCGCCAGAAUGGACCCUGAUGGCCGAGCCGUGCGCAGUACUGAGCCGGAGUCUCGGAUGAGGCCGACAGAUGACGGAGACCUCCAGAAGUUGUGGCUGAACCUCUCUCGCUUCCCCUCUCUGGACUCCCGUCUCCCUGCCGUCCAGGCGUCCGCCAGCCGGCGUGAGACGGUGCUCCUCCCCGGCCCUGCUUCCCUCCUCAGCCUCCUUUCCUUCAACAAAGGCCUGCGAAAUUCUCAUCAGGUGGCCGGCCUCUUCCCAGGUGUACCAGACAUGUUUUUAUUCCCUGUCCCUGAGCACAAUAGCCAAGAGGCUUGCCUGCUGCACGGGCGCAGCCGUGCUCCUGAACGUGGACCAGAUGGUGGUGAUGUGCGUCACCCCCCUCUCACCCUUAGUGUUCCUCACGGGGAGAUACACUCCCAGGGCUACACCCACUUCUUCGCACCCCCACCUUCACUGACACAGGGGAAAGUGGCUGCCAUGGGCUGGCCUCCUCCAUCCUCAGUGCAGCCUCGCAGCGACGUUGUGAACUCUGACCGGCCGGCAUCCGGAACUGAGCUGGAGGCGGCCGCGAAGGAGAAGCUCGCCAGGCAGGCAGAGCUGCAGGGCCGAGCUCAGAGGCUGCAGAGGAGACUGCAGGCCCUGCUGGGAGAGCACGCCAUGCUGCACUGCAGCCAGCAGCUGGAGGGGCUGAAAAGGCACCGUCGACUCGACAGCCCGGGCUCCGUGCGUUCUGGUGUACUACCUCCGCAAGUAGGAAGCAAACGGCAUUGCUCUUGGCUGGAGUCCUUCACAGAGUUCUCGGAGUUCAGCUGCUCCAGCCAGGCGGUACUGAGAGGCCUGCAGGAGGCUUUGGACUCCGAGGCCACGGCCAGCAGCAGCUCAGACGAGGAGGAUGAGAUCCACGGCAGAACCGAGACUUCACCUGUCAGCAGCUGUGAGGGGCGGUGGCUGGAAGAGAGAGCGGAGCUGGGCAGCAGAUGGAGUUGGUUGCAGCUACGUCUGGCCGAGCUGGAGGGGAGGAUACAACAACCGGUGGAGCUCCACAAGCACAUCCGCUCUACCAAGGGUGGUGUGGUGCUCGCGGAGUCCCAGCCGCUGACAGACAGACAGAUUCAGCAAACCUUGCUGAGAGAAAUGGCCGGGUUAUCGGAUGCUGACACUGAACCUUGCAGCCCCACACGCCUUCUGCACAACAUAGAGAGACAGAGUGCUCAGCUCAGCCAGAUUGUCAGCAGUCUGAUGCCCCCGCUCAGCUUUUCACCGCUAUCUAAACAACCACACACCUGGAAAGGCCAGAGAGUCUUCACAAGUGGUCAGAAAGGAGACAGUAUUUUUGAGCCUGGCAGCUCCAAGAGAAGGAGACCGGGGGGGACCAGGAGGCUCUCCAAAGCCGAUGCGUUGUGCGUUUGUGCUCGGACCCGACCUCUGGUCACCUACCACAAGCCUAAACUGUUCACCUUCAACUCCAGCAACCCCAGGAGUCCACAGGACUCUGGAACGCCCACGUCUGCCGUCUCCUCGUCUCUCUCAUCAUCAUCUUCCUGUUCAUGCUGCUCAUCUUGUGAUCCUGUAGCCCUGUGCUCUGAUCCAGACUGCAGCUCCGGUAGGGCCCUGUCCUCCAGGACCCCCAACACCACACCUCACCCUGAGCUGUGUCUUUCAUUCGACACUCCUCGGUCUCACCACUUAAAGAGAGUCCUGGCCAGAGAAGAAUGGUCCCAAAGGCCUUUGUCUAUCAACGUCCAACCCUCCAGUCAAGCACACUACAAUAGACGCAGCUCCACACCACUGCACAACAGUCGCACAUACAAGCAGCAUGCAAGGCAUCAUGAAAGAAGAGUUAUGGGUCUGUCACCUAUCAGGAUGGCAGGCUCUGCUCAGAGUCAACACAGGAGAGCCAAUCAGAGGAAGAGGAAGGGAAGACGCAUCCACAGGCUGAUGGAAGAUGAGGAAGAAGUCCUGUACCAGUUCUGUGACCCAAAUAGUUCAGAUGAAGUGCUGGAGGAGAGCUACACACCGUUCUCACGCAAGAAGGCCUCACGGGGCUUUGUUUGCAAACGCCAGGGAGAGAGUGUGUACAACAUCAACAACAUUGUCAUCCCCAUGUCUCUGGCUAAAGUGGAAAAGCUGCAGUACAAAGACAUCCUGACACCCAGUUGGCGGGAGAAUGACGCAUCGUCUCUGAUGAACAGUGAGGCGGAGAAGAAGGACGACGACAAUGAGGAGGAGCAGGUGGAGGAUCUCACUAACAAAGUGUAUGCACUGAGACAUCUGGACUUGGAGCAGAGGGAGAAAUUACACUGGUCAUCAGUGGGAAAAAGAAAAUGCUGCAGGCUUCCUAAAAGAUCUGGCAGCAGGUUGUCGGGCAGUGGGGGCGGGAUGUGCUCAUCAGGAGAGGAGAGCUCCGUGGAGUUGAGUUUUGCUCAGCUGGAUUCUGGUGAACAGCAAAGCUCAGAGGAGUGGCUGCCUCAGACACCCUGGGUGCCACGAGUGUUUCCUUUGGCCGAGGAUGAGGAAGACACACUUCUCUCUGACAACCUGGACAAAGUUUCAUUAGGAUGGCCAGAGUGUAGCUCCGCCUCCUCCACAUCAGAGAACUCCAACUCCUGUCUCUCCCUCGCUCCCUCCUCUGGUGCUACACUGCUGUCUGGUGGACAAAGCCGGAGCAGCACAUCCAAUGGCAGCUGAGACAGCGGUGACUUUUCUUUUUUCUUUUUUUUAACAUAUCUCCUCAUGCCUGGGGCCACGAGGAGAAAAUGUGCCGUGGGAACCUUAACUGGGAUACUUAAUACAUUCCAGAACAGUGAUUUUAAUGUUAUUUGCUUAAUGCUUUAAAGCAAAAGUGUUUUUUAGGUGUACUUUGUGAGUAUUGUAGCAUAACUACUGUAGCUUCUGCUACACCUUCAGGUUUUAAUGUAUAAAAUGUAUUGUAUGUAAAGAGAUGUGUACCAGCACAACCCCACUGUAGUCUCAGGUUUGUAUACUGUUUGUAGUCGACACUUACUUUUUUAAUCUAUUAUAUUUUCACAGUUGUCUUAAAAAGUCAGUAUAUGAAGACUUUAGCACAUACACAUAUUUAUGUAACUUUUACUUGAUUUACAUGUGCUUUUUGACUUUAUGUUUUUUUUUUUGUCUGUCAUUUGGUAUAUAUUUUUUAUGAAAGUUAUAAGUAAACAUUUGCCAGCCAGCACGUGUUCUGGAGUCUUCUUGUGGCUGAUUCACAUGGUAACAAGCACAGAGAUGAGGGUGGGGACAGAAAAGAAGGAACGUCAAAGAGUAUGAAUGAAAGGGAGUAAUAUAAUUAUGACAUGCAUGACAAGAUGUAAAAAAUUUGACACAUUAAGUGAAGCACCUGAUCAUUCAGAAGCCCGAUGGUUUUUAUUUCAGUCACGUGUAAAAUGUCUGCUAAGUGUACUUUACAUGUCAUUGAUGCAAGAUACUACUAGAAGGACAAACUAAUGUGAGGUCAUUUCAGUGAUUGGGGUGAUUAAUAUUUAUGGAGGUCACCGCUUUUUAGGGCCAGAGUCUCAGGGAAGCAGCUCGUACUAUGAUCCCAUAUGCAUAACCUCCUCUUAUUAUAUCCUCCACAUCUACCAGGGGGCCUAAUGGGCAGAUGGUGGUCAAGGUCAGCCCUCUCAUCUUCAUGCAUGUGUCAGUUGCUUUAUACCAGGUAUGAGAGACAGGGUGCCCAGAAUUAGAAACUCAAUCACAUAAAAAUUAAUUUACAGAUAGUCAUUUUCUUAUUUCAAGUUGUUGGAGUAAAUGGGAUUUGGCUGAUGAUCAAGUUUUCCUUUUCCAUUGCUACAGAUGUCAGCUGAAGAAAAUCUUUAUUGUACUUCUGAUGUAAAAUGUCUGACUGUGUUCUUGGAAAGCAGCAUGUUUAAAGAAGGAAUGGCUUGUAAAAUGUGCAGUAUAGCAAACAAGCAAACCUAUUCUGCAUGAGAAGUGAGGGGGAUCCAGCAGUCUCGCCUCUCCUGUAGGAGGUCCACCUCAACUCUGCCCAGCCACGACUGUCCGAUCCUGAUGGCUGGCAGGCAAAUGAGCCUCUGGAGGCCACAUGGGGGCCAUAUUUGCCAGUUUAAGUUAACAUUAAGACAGAAAUCCUCAAACAUCUGUUAAUUGACCUGGAAUUAACAGACUCAACUGGUGAUAAAUUGUUGGACACAACUACAAAGUGCAGCACUUUGAUAGUAUUUCUACAUGCUUGUAACUACAGCAGUUGCACUCCGGAUGGUGCUCUUGCAUAUCAGAGAACAUCUUGAACAACCCGACAUUGGAUGGAGUUAUUAUGCAAAGUGACAAUAUAACUAUAAUACGACAAUACUGUAAUAUAACUGAUUUUAUGUAACUAAUGUUAAAUAAUUUGACUGUAGUACACUUGGAUUUUGAAAUGUGUGCUUCACCAUCUGUCCAUGCACAGCCUCCAUCUUUAAGAUUUUAAUUAAGAAGAUCUUCAUCUGAAUCUCACAUAUAGGAACUAUUUUUGUUAGUUCGAAUGAAAACUGAUCACAGUAAAAACUGAUUAAUGUGAUCCUGAGUUUUGCUUGAAAGACAGGCCGCUAUUAU